AUGUCGCAAGAUGAGAUCAUUUUCGAAUAUCUGAACACGAAACGCCACUCGCUAGCUCGUCUUCAGGCAGAAGGAUACUUUUUGGGGAUAUUUUAUAUGACCAAGGACCAGAGAGCUGGCAAACACGCUCUUAGGGAUGAAGACUAUCUCCUGUCACCCCUAGUUUCCCUUACCCCCAGGAGAACGGCGAUCGUUCUCGAUUGUGAGAUGGUCGGAGUUGCGGGCGGGCGCUCGGCGGUCGUCUCUCUCAGCGCAAUUGAUUUCUUUACCGGAGAGGUCCUGAUAAACGAUAUAGUUAAUCCGACAGAGAAGGUUGUUGAUUGGAGGGCUAGAUAUAGCGGUGUUUCAUUAGCCCGGAUGCGCCGUGCUUGUGCCUCCGGCGAGGCGCUCAGAGGCUGGAAAGCAGCGCGUCAAAGACUAUGGGAGUUUAUGAACCCGAACACAAUUCUCAUUGGUCAUUCCCUGGAUAAUGAUCUAGAUGUCCUUGGAAUACUGCAUCAUAAUAUCGUGGACACUGCUAUCUUGACCGCGGAGGCUGUCUUCCUCCCCGUUUCUCAUACAACACGAAUGAGCCGCAGGUGGGGCCUAAAGCCUCUUGUCGAUGAAUUUCUAAGUCGUGACAUACAAGUCGGAAAGGGACACAGUGCCUUGGAGGAUGCAUGUGCAACUCGAGAUGUUCUUUUUUGGUGCAUGUGCAAUCCGCACUUGCUGCAAGUAUGGGCUGAACAAAAUAGGAUCAGGGAGGAGAAACGAGUCGCCGCUGAAAAGGCAAAACGUGCCGCUAAUGCAGAGAAAAAAAUUGCUGCCGAGGCAAAGAAGAAACUUGCUGCUGAGGCGAAGAAGAGACUUGCCGCUGAGGUAAAGUAG